AUGGAGAAUUACAACUUAAUGAGUUGGAAUGUUAGAGGUAUAAAUAAGAAAAAUAAGCAGAUGUUAGUUUUGGAUGUCUGUAGGAUGAAUAAAAUUGGUAUUGGGGCUCUUCUAGAAAGAAAAAUUAAAGGUGAUAAGCUAAAGGAAUUUAUGGAAACAAGUUUUCUAGGUUGGAAUUAUUAUAAUAGUAUGAGAGUUCGUUUUUGUAUCACUGGCCAAGAAUUUUGUCUUACUGUGGUGUAUGGUUCUAAUCAGUUGGAGACUCGGAAGGAGCUUUGGUUUGAGUUGGCUAAUUUACCAUUGCCAGUUAAACCUUGGCUUAUUGUUGGAGAUUUUAAUGCUAUGUUUGAUCCUAAUGACAGAAAGGGUGGUAGGAGUGUUACUAAGAAAGAGAUUGUUGAUGCUAGGAAUUGGCUUGACCUUGGUUUGGUGGAAGAAAUGAAGAUAAUGGGCUCAUUUUACACUUGGUCAAAUAAUCAAGAUGGGGUUAAUCGUAUCUACUCUAAAUUGGACAGGAUUUUUUGCAAUGAGGGAUGGCUGGAUGUUUUUCUUACUGUUACAGCUACCACUCACUGGGAGGUGACCUCAGACCAUAGUGUUAUUCUUUUGAAACAAACAGGAAUACUUAAAGAGGGUAUCUCUCCAUUCCGGUUCUAUAAUAUGUGGAUAGCCCAUCCACAAUUCAGGGUUACUGUCUUGACAAACUGGAAUAAGACUUUGCGAACUAAGGGGCGCGAUUUGGAUCAGAUUUCUUGGAAACUUUUGCGCCUUAAGCACGAGUUGAAGAAGUUUAACUGGAGGAUAGUUGGAGAUGUGGUUAGGAAGUAUGAGGACAGUAAAGCUGACUAUCAAAAGACUAAAAGUAAUCUUUUCAAUGAUCCUCAGAAUCAGAGUCUAUGCUCAGCUGAAAGAGCCUCUUUCUUGAGGUUUAAAAGACAAGAGAAAAUUUAUGGUAGCUUUCUUAGACAAAAGAGUAAGAUUGAUUGGCUCCAAUUUGGUGAUGAAAACUCCUCCUAUUUUCAUGCUCAUAUGAAACAAAGGAAGAAAGCCAAUAGAAUAGCAUCCUAUGUUACUGAAGAUGGCCGAGUUGAGGAUAACUAG